CUCUUGGCACAUUGUGCAAGUCAACUGACUUGGAAGUUAUUCUGUCUUGCAUUGCACAUAGUGAAAAGUCAAGGUUAGAGUAGCAAGCACUCAGUACCUGUGGCCUUUAUCAGCUAAUUGGCCUUUUAAACAACUGUUGUGAUUUCAUCUUAAUCAUGCAGUUGCAUGCUCUGCUCAUCCCAUCUGAGCUGCCUGGUUUGUUUAUUUCCUUUUCUCCCACAAAUAUGGAGCUUAUUCCUUUUGGGUAAAAUGAUCCAGCUCUGAAGUGUGACCUUGUUGAGCUGGACUGGUGCGAGAUAAGGAGCCCUGUACAAGCUUGGGGCUAUUUGUUGACCAUCUGCUUACAGGGCGCAGCCUCUUUGGUCCAGUGGAUCACCAAAUGUUUGUAAAAAGGUUUGAUCACUUUUUGCAUUUCAGUUUUUAGUUGGUUUCUCUGUGCCUGAAGGUGUUUGUGGAAUUCUGGCUGGCACACUGGGUAUGAGGUGGCAGUUGACUGUGCGUUCCAUUGGGAUAAGAAAUGUUGGUGCUAAGUUUGAAUUGGAUAUCCAGAACCCAUGCUCUAGAGGAGGUAUGUUUCUUCCAUCUGUGGUUUAAAUGGAGAUACCAAAGCCAUGGAAAAUCUGGCAGAGGCCUUGAUUAUUGCAGUGUAACCCUGGCACUUCACUUGCUGUAGAUUACCCCAGUCUGUCCAUCAGGAAUUACAUGUUGGAGAUGUGAGCAUCUUAGUGGAGUGUUGAUGCUGGGAUUUGUAGUGUCAACUCAGUAUUGACAAAAAGCUACAGCCUGAUUUGUUUACUCUGGUAUUUGACAGUUUCACAUUGUCAGUUUUGGUGCUGGGCAGGGUUUAGCAUUGAACUUGACUUGCAGAGUUUGUGUGUGGCUCUCUGCUUGCUUGUUUAUAUAAUAUGACAUGCCUAGGAACAACUUCUUUUAUUUCUGACUUCUCAGUCUUUGAGAGGGAAUGUAUCAAAACCAAGUCUAGUAAGUAGAGAGGGUCCCUAGUGAGCUCUGAAAUGGGUGAGCUUGAGAAAAGGAGCAAAAGAAAAGAAAAUGCGACAGAGCCCUCUGCUAGAGUCACGUCAAGUAUUUGUUACGUGGUGUAAACUGAAGGAGCCCUUCAGAUAUCUGGAGGAGCACUAGCAGUCUCCCUCAUUUCUAUUCCUGAUGUGACAGGAAUGCAGAGCAUGAUGCUGGCCAGUGUUUAGUAUCAGGUUUGUUGCUGGUGUUGUAGGGGUGGUGGGGGGAGGAAGAGGAAGUGUGUGUGCGUGGCUGCUUAGUUUCUGUUUUGCAGGCGUCGCCUGUGCGCAGUGUUGUGCUGUUCUGAUGUGGCAGCAGCUGUUAUUUUUGGCUUUCCCAGUGUGCUGUUCGGGUAGAUGUGCUUCCUAAUAGAUGCAAUUCUCUUAAUCAGUGUGUUGGGCUGCCUGUGCUUCCUGUGCAGUCCAGGCUGGUGUGAACCACUCUGCAGAUGGUACUGAGGUGCGAGUCCUUUGCCUUCAUUUAUUUCCACAGGCUCCUCUGUAUACGUUUUGAGUGGCAUUAAUUGUGUGUAAAAGACAAGCUUCUUAAGCUUGCAUUUGCUUUGCAUCACCCCUGUCAGUAUGUGGUGUCAUUAAUGUUUGAACCCCUUCUUUGGGAGUAAAGGAAUAAGCUUUGCUAUUGCAGGGUGUCUCUCUAUCUGUGUAAUGUGUUCACAGUAGUUAAGAUGGGUGCAGUUGUUUUGUUAAAAAACAACACAGAGAUAGCUGUCAUAAUUAUAUUAGUAGAAGAUCUGAGUCAACCAAAUCUGAUAAAAGCAGUGAAAGAGGUUAUGAUAUGGAUGUGUCUGUCCUGGUAGGACGUCACUACACGUGCUUGGGAGCUGCAGUAGAUAAGCUGUCUCUGAUUUAGCUUUCGUUGUUAGAAAGGUUAUCUCCUUUUCCAGCUGUCCUGCUGCUUUGCCAAAUGCUACCUCCCUUGUGUUGGGGCCUACAACCAGGCCUGUUCAGCUGCUGGGGUUUAAUAUACUCUGCUUCAGCCUUUCUUCCCUAAUGCCCAUCCCUGCCUGGUGAGGAACAGUCAUGGAUCCUGCUCUGCUCCACCCUGGUUGGGAAUUUUCAGCUGAGGGUGGCUGAGGCAACUGUGUGUCCCCUCAGCCCAGCUGGUGGGUUUGGUAAAGGGCAUCUGUCAGAGCACACAGGAAUGAGUGUGAGCAUUUGCAUCCUGAAAGGAACUUGUGAAUUCCAGUGCUGUUCUCUAGGGAAGGCUGACUUGCUUUUGGGGACCUGCUCCCUCUUGAUUGUGAGAAGUUGGCUCCAUAUUCCAGUGACUGCUCAGCCAAAGGAGCUUGGGUGACAUCUCCAAGAUCACUGCGAGGAAACAAACUGCCAGGAUUUCCCCCCUGUGGCUGCCUGACUGCUGCUGAGCUACCCCUCCCAGCCCAUGUGGCUCUCCCCAUGCUCCAAGAGUGCAACAAGUGCCCAACGCAAUGUGUGUUUGUCAAACCAUGGAAGUGGGCAAGUAUGGCAAGAAUGCCACUCGAUCUGGAGACCGGGGGGUCCUGCUGGAGCCUUUCAUUCACCAGGUGGGCGGGCACAGCAGCAUGAUGCGCUACGACGACCACACUGUCUGCAAGCCCCUCAUCACCAGGGAGCAGCGCUUCUACGAGUCCCUGCCCCCAGAAAUGAAGGAGUUCACACCCGAGUACAAAGGUGUGGUAUCUGUCUGUUUUGAGGGAGACAGUGAUGGCUACAUUAACCUGGUGGCCUAUCCCUAUGUGGAGAACGAGGCUGUGGAGCAGGAUGAUCUGCCAGAGAGGGACCAGCCGCGGCGCAAGCACUCGCGCCGGAGCCUUCACAGGUCAAGCAGCGGCACCGAGCACAAGGAGGAGAAGCCUGGCCUGGCCAGUGACAGCACUGAAAGCAGCAUCCAGGAAAUGAAGAGUCCCAGGGUGGACUUGCACAUCCACUCAGAUGUUCCAUUUCAGAUGUUGGAUGGGAACAGCGGCCUGAGCUCCGAGAAGAUCAGCUACAACCCCUGGAGCCUGCGCUGCCACAAGCAGCAGCUGAGCCGCAUGCGCUCCGAGUCCAAGGACCGCAAGCUCUACAAGUUCCUGUUGCUGGAGAACGUGGUGCAUCACUUCAAACUUCCCUGUGUGCUUGAUCUGAAGAUGGGGACCAGACAGCAUGGAGAUGAUGCCUCUGAGGAGAAGGCUGCUCGGCAGAUGAAGAAGUGUGAACAGAGCACUUCUGCCACCUUGGGUGUGCGUGUGUGUGGGAUGCAGGUCUAUCAGCUGGACACAGGGCAUUACUUGUGCAGGAAUAAAUACUAUGGGCGCGGCCUUUCCAUCGAAGGCUUCCGCAACGCCCUCUACCAGUAUCUGCACAACGGCAUCGAGCUGCGCAAGGACCUCUUUGAGCCUGUCCUGGCCAAACUGCGCAGCCUGAAGGCGGUUUUGGAGAGACAGGCCUCCUACCGCUUCUACUCCAGCUCGCUGCUGAUCAUCUACGACGGCAAGGACAGCCGGGCGGGGCCGCUGGCGGAGCGCCGGCCGGAGGCGCGCCUGAAGGGCUCCGUCCCCGAGAGCCUCCAGGACGGCGGCGGCGGCUCGGAGCCCGGCUCGGCACAGCCCAAGGUGGACGUGCGCAUGAUUGACUUUGCACACAGCACCUUCAAAGGCUUCCGCGACGACCCCACCGUGCACGACGGGCCCGACAUGGGCUACGUGUUCGGGCUGGAAAGCCUCAUCAACAUCAUGGAACAGAUGCGGGAGGAAAACCAGUAGCCCUGGGCUGCGGCCUCUUAUUCUUGUCCUGGUGGCAGGAGCAGACAAGACCACCCACUACCACAGGAAAAACAGACAAAUUUGGUUUUAAACAACUGUAUCGCUCCAUUGUUUUUUAAAUGUACUUGGAUAGAAGAGCUGAGGUGAGGCAGGAUGGAAGAACUCCUCAUGCUGACCAGGAGUUGGCACUGAUGGUGCCAGAUGGCUCAGAUGGUUCUGACCACGCUUGCUCUGCCUCCUGGAGGAGGCUCUGUAGAUGCCUGCUGGGCGUCAGGUGUCCUGGUUCUUCGGUCGUCACGUUCUGGAGGGAGGACCUGGACAUAGGGAAGAGAAAGCAGGAGAGCCCAGGGCUCCUGACCAGGCUGGAGCUCUGGUGUGAGGUGCCUCCUGCCUCAGGAGCUUUCCCUGUGAAUUUCUCCUGAGUUACCUGGAAAGGGCGCUCACCUGACGGUUGGCAGCGUCUGUGGGGCCACCGGUGAGAAGUCAGGUGCUGGUCCCUGUGUUUGGUGUCGCUGGCUCUGCUGUGGGUUUUGCUGAUGGGGCUUUGCUUUUGAUGCUGCCUUUUUCUGAUGUUUGGGCACUGUGAGUAGCUACCCCAAACACGGAAAUGAAAUGACCAAAUGCAAUCCUUGGCAGAGCUGUGGCCUGGAAGGAAUGCCACACACAAGGAGCUGUGCUCGAGCCUGGAGUCUUCUUGCUCCCUGAUGGCAUGGCAUGGCAUGGGCAGGCACAGGGCUCUGCCCUGGACCAUUGCAAGCACUCAGCUCGUGGGCUAGCAAUAGUACCUGUAGCAGUUAACAUGACCCCGGCUGUGCAGCGGGGCAUUUCGGACCAUUUCAACCCUUCCCCUCCUGUAAAGUACAGAUUCUGUCCCUCCAGCACAAAGCUGCCCUCUUCCCCCGGGGACCCUCUGCUCCCAGGCCCUGCUCUUCCAACAGGUCUGGGGGUGGUGGAAGGGGAGGCUGAGGCUCAGGGCUGAUCCCUAUCUCCUCCCUGAGGGUUUCCAGGGGCCAGGUGAGGGGUGACCUAGCUGAACAGUGAGUGCCACUGUUUUGACUGUUCAGUACCACUGCCUGACUGUUCAGCUUUGCUUCAUGGAGUCAGUGUCUCCCAAAAUCAAUGUCCCCCAGCCUCCUUUGAUGAGGAAUUAACGUUUGAUACUGUGGCCUGGUGGUACCGGACCGACCCCUGCUCCACCUCAGCUCCUGUUUCUGUGCUGGGGCCCUUGCUGCUCCCUCCUGCUCUCACUGACUUGUUCCAUGGCAUUACCAUUACCCUGUGUACUCACAAGGCCAGGGUUGGGUUUUUUUUAAUUACUUCAGGAAAGCUCCUUUGGGCAAUACUCGCAUGUCGCAUGUGUGCCGACUCCAUGUGCGCAGAGGCCGUUCAGAAAGCAGGCUGCCACAGCAGCCACAGGUCUGUGGCACUGGUGUGGACGGGGACAGGAGAGCUGCCCACUUUUUCUGCCUGUCUCCCAGCUCCUCGAAGCUUGCCCAAGCCACUACUCCCCUCCCACCCAUUCGACAAGGACCUUUAUCCAUGGCAUGCUGCCCUGCACUGGGUUACUUCAUUGCUUCUGUGGGUCCCUACCUUGCCAGGACUCACAGGAUUUUCAGGGACAGGUUUGCAGGAGGCAGCCAGGCUGGCUGAGUGCUGGGGUGUAGGUACCCACGACAGCCGUCUUAUUCCCUGGCCCUGCCCCUCUCUGCAUGUCCUUGUCCCCGCGGGCUGUGCUAGGGCGGGUCAGGCCGCACCUCUAGGAGAGCCCCUUGCUGUCCCCCCGCUCUCAUUCCUCCCUUCCCCACCUCACCGGGCCGUGACGGAGGGGCCACGCUGCCGGUGCUCAGUGGGAGCCGCCUCCCCCUUCGGACCACCGCGGUGGGACCCCACAGCUUGUACAUAGCCUUGGCUCCGUUUGUUUUUACAUGAAUAACCACCCUGUUUGUGCUUCACAGAGAACCAAAAACCAUUAAAGGAUCUGUUUUUGUCCGCCGUGUGCCGUGCCUG